AUGGAUUUCUUUCUGGCAAGGAUUUCUAAUGGAAUCGGAAUCAGACUGUUGGAGCACUUAUUUCAGAGCGUUAGAACAUCACAGUUCACUUAUUUUGAUUUAGGUAUUGAGGAGAAUCUUGAAGCGUAUGGAACAGAACUUCCUCCUCAAAUUCCUUUAGAGAAUAUUAACACUCCACUAGCUCUUAUGUGGGGUGAAUUUGAUGGCUCUAUUACUCAACAAGAUGCACAAUGGAUUAGAAGCAGGCUGGAAAACAAUAUUAUCUUUGAUAAUAUAUAUGAAGACCAAACACAUUUAUCAUUUUUGGUUGGCAACAAUAUCGAAGAAUAUCUCGACGACAUAAUCCAAUUAAUGUCAGAAUACCAAACUCCAAACCCUAACACUUAAAUCCCCCUAAAAAUCACACUUUCCAAACUUUCA